AUGCAGCCGCGCCACGCCGUGACCAUAUUUGCGUUGGAUGUCUGCGCAUUCCUUUUCCUGUGCCUCCUCGCACCCACACUUACCUUCCCCCAUCCCCGCCUCCCCAUUUCCCUCCUUAUUUCCGCCCCGCGUGCUGCACAAUCUCCGAGCAUUUUGCGCGCAUUCCGGCGCGGUGCGCGCUGCGCGCCGAUGUACGCGGUGGGGGCGCGCAUCUGGGUGAAGGAUGAGGAGGAGGCGUUUGUGGAGGCGGUGGUGACGGCAGUGGAUGGCGACGCUAUCGAGGCAGACGUGAUCGGGCGCAAGGGGCCUCUGGCUAAGGCGCACCUGAAGGCGUCAGAAUGCCACCACAAGGAGGAGGACCUGGGGCUGGUGGACGACAUGACCAAGCUCGCCCACCUGCACGAGCCUGGCGUGCUGCACAAUCUCGCCACGCGCUACCAAAAGAACCUCAUCUACACGUACACGGGAAGCAUCCUGAUAGCGGUGAACCCGUUUGUGCGUCUGCCAGCGCUGUACCACCCGAUCAUGAAGCUGCAGUACCGCGGAGCACAGCUGGGCGAGCUCGGACCACACGUCUUCGCCAUUGCCGACCAUGCCUACAGGUCGAUGCUGGACACGGGGCAGAGCCAGUCGGUGCUGAUCAGUGGGGAGAGCGGGGCGGGCAAGACAGAGACAACGAAGCUGGUGAUGGAGUAUCUGGCGGGUCUGGGGGACACGGGCCACGACAAAAGCAAGGGCGCGCCCAAGAAUGAGGCCAUGAUUGCCUCCCAGCUCUGCGUGUCCCGAGUGCUCGAGUCCAACCAAUUGUUGGAGUCCUUUGGGAAUGCCAAGACAGUGCGCAACAACAACUCCAGUCGCUUUGGCAAGUUCAUAGAGAUCCAGUUCGAUGCAGAUGGGUGUGUGUCGGGUGCAGCCAUCCGCUCGUACCUGCUAGAGCGGUCCAGAGUGGUGCAGAUCAGUGACCCUGAGCGCUCCUACCACUGCUUCUACCAGCUCAUCUAUGGAGCCACGCCUGAGGAAGCCGAACUUUUCAAGCUGCCCACAACCGGCGAGCGAGGCAAGCAGUUCCGGUAUCUGAACCAGAGCGAGUGUUUCGAGCUGCCCGACAGCUGCAGCAACGCGGAGGAGUAUCGGAAGACACGGCACGCCAUGCAAGUCAUGGGCUUCACUCUCGAGGAGCAGAUGGGCAUUCUGCGGCUGCUGGCGGCCAUUCUGCACCUGGGCAACGUGCUGUUCCAAGAGGGGGACGAACCCCCGCCGCAACUGGCAGGGGAGCAGCCAGACUUCCAUCUCACCACUGUGGCUGAACUCCUGGGCGUGCCCAAGGAUGCGUUGUUAGAGUCGCUGGUGACGUACACGCGCAAGGUGGGCCGGGAGGUGUUCAAGAGCCCGCUCAAGCCACAGGCCGCCGCUGCCAAGCGCGACACACUCGCCAAAACGCUCUACUCCAAGCUCUUUGACUGGAUUGUGGCGAAGGUGAAUGAGAGCAUAGGGCAGGACCCCACGUCCACCAUGCUCAUUGGCGUGCUCGAUAUCUAUGGCUUCGAGCACUUCAAAACCAACAGCUUUGAGCAGUUCUGCAUCAACCUCGCCAACGAGAAGCUUCAGCAGCACUUCAAUGCUCAUGUGUUGAAGAUGGAGCAGGAAGAGUACACACGAGAGGAGAUCGACUGGAGCUAUGUGGACUUCACAGACAAUGAGGACGUGCUAGAGCUCAUUGAAGGGAAGCAAGGCAUUCUCAGCACACUGGACUCCACUUGCAAGACGCCCAACUCCACGCCGGAGACAUUCAGCCGCACACUCUACAAGCAGUAUGAGGCCCACGAGCGAUUCCUCUUUGGCAAGAUGUCCAAAACCGACUUCACCAUCCACCAUUACGCUGGACAGGUGAAGUACCUAACGGACGAGUUCCUGGUGAAGAACAUGGAUGCCGUGGUGCCGGAACAUGAAACCCUGCUGGGCCACUCUGACCACGCCUACAUAGCCCAGCUCUUCCCCAUCGAUGCCGAGGCCAGCAAGGCCGCCUUCAACUCCCUGGGCAAGCGAUUCAAGGAGCAACUGGCAGCGUUGAUGCGCACGCUCAACAGCACAGCACCGCACUACAUCCGGUGUGUGAAGCCCAAUAGCACACUCAAGCCGGGAGUCUUCACACGCACUCUGGUCAUGGAGCAGCUGCGAUCUGGGGGUGUGCUGGAGGCAGUGCGAGUGUGCUCCAAGGGCUACCCCACGCGGCGCUCCUUUGAGGACUUUAUUGACAGAUUCGCCUUCCUCGUGCCCUCCGAACUCUACGACGAGGCCGAGGAUGAUGAGCUGGUGCGGGCGAUCAUGAAGGAGGCUGGCAUUCAAGGAUACCAGAUCGGGCUGACCAAGGUGUUUCUGAGGGCGGGGCAGAUGGUGGUGCUGGAGACGAUGCGGCUGAACCGCAUGGCGGAGGCGGCGCGCACCAUUCAGAAGUACUUCCGGGCCUACCUCUUCCGCCUGCACCGCAAGCAGGCUGCACUCACCAUCCAGAAUUACUGGCGAGGCUUCAAGGCGCGGGAACAACUGCGAGUGUUGCGGGAGUUCAAGGCAGCACAGACGAUUCAGAAGUACACGCGGCGAUGGAUGCACCGGCGCCGCUUCCUGGACAUGCGCGAGGCGCAGAUCCGCAUUGCUGCCCACGUGCGCAUGCACCAGGCGCGCACCCACUACAUCUUCACCCGCCGCACGCUCGCCGCCACCAAGAUUCAGGCCACAUGGCGAGGGUACAACCUGCGGAAGCCGUACUGGGCACUGCGGCGGCGGCUGCAAGUGCGGCUGGGGCAGAGGCGACUGACCAGGAUGAAGGAGGCGGCAGCAAGGGCGGCACUGCUGGCGCCCCCGCGCACCAAGGUGGAGGCUUCCCUGGAGCAGCUGCGCCUCAAAGUGCUGCGCUUGAUGAAGACCAAGGAGGAGAAGAAGCGGAAGGAGCUGCAGGAGCAGCUGGACAUCGCCCUAAAGGAGGUAGAAGCCAAGGCCAAGGAGAACGCGCAGCUCACCCAACGCCUCAAGGAGGAAACAGCCCGCGCACACCGCGCAGAGGAGGAGCUCCGAUCUCUCAUCGGCCACCCCGACUACCCCGCUGCUGCUGGCGGUGCCGGUGGUGGUGGUGGUGGUGGCGCCGCCUCCCACCACCACCAGUCCGGCCUGCCGCAUGCGCUUUCGAGAGGCGGGGUUAUGCACUCGCCCGGUGUUGGGCGCCGGUUUGCCAAGGGCGCGUCUCUUGAGGCGGAGAGGGCUGGUGGGAGGGACGGGAGGGGCGUGUGGGGAGCGGAUGUUGCUGCGGCGGCCGCGGCUUCGAUUGCCGGGGUGGAGGAGGGGGGAGCGAGAGGGGAAGGGAGCGGAUCGGACCUGGAAAUAUCAACAACUCGGGCUUCAGGACUGGGGUUUGCUGCUAGGAUGAGGUCGCCGCGAGUGGGCGGCUUUGAUAUGCCGGGAUUCGGGGGGUCUGCGAGCGUGGGAGGAGCGGAGGGGAGGGGGCCGGUACAACGGUCGAAAGCGUGGGCGAGAGUGAAGGCACGGAAGGGCGAGGUGCUGCAGAUGAGUGAUGACCCUGACAUGGCGACCGCUGCUGCGGUUUCCUCUGCUAUGGGUGCUCCGAACGCGGCGUGGGGCAAGAUGUUUAUCCAGAUCGCGCGGCUGAAUGAGGAGUUGGAGAAGCUAAAGGAGGAGAAGGCGGGGGUGGAGGAGAAGGUGAAGGAGGAGCGGCUGCGGAUGGAGGGGAUGGAGCGGAAGGUGGAGGCGUAUGAGGGCACGCUGCAGUCCCAGGAGAGCCUGAUUAAGGAGAUGCAGGGGAAGAUGAAAGAGCUGCAGGAGAAGCUGAAGAACAAGGACGAGGAGGUGCGGGAGCUUUCCUGGAAGCUUCUCGACGAAAGCAUCGAAGGGAGGAGCGGGGGUGGGGGGCAGCAAGGGCUGGGAGGAGGAGGCGAGGCAGGGGCAGCAGGAGGGGAGGAGGAGGUAUUGAGCCGGCCAAUUGCAGGAGGGGGCCUGCAGAUCGCUGUACCUUCAUCGCCUCGCAUCUCACUCCCACCCAUGUCCUCCCAUGGGCCUCCAGUGUCGCCCAACAAGCUUAAAGCCCAGCUUGAGGACCGGCUGCUGACGCUGGCAACGACCAACAUGUACGGCUUCUCAGAGCACGGGCACCCCAUCGCCAUGUGCACACUCUACAAGGCACUGGACCACUGGAAGACCUUCGAGGCCGCGCGCACCAACACGUUCGACCGCAUUAUAGAGGCUCUGCAGCUCGCCACGCACACUGGGAGUUUGCAGAUGCUGGGUUACUGGCUGAGCAACACGGCUACUCUGCUGUGCCUGCUUGAGACGACGCAUACGAAGCGCGUGCAGCUUCGGCAGCAGAGCGGCGGCGGCAGCGGGUGGUUCGCGUGGGGCGGCGAAGGGGCGGCCUCGUCAGACAGCAAGUCAGCAGUGGAUCUGACGCUGUUCAAGACGCAGCUGCGGCUGGCAACGGAGCGCAUCUAUGUGACGGUGCGCGACUCCAUCAACAACGAGCUGCAGGGCCACUUCGGCAGCGGCCACCUCGUCGGCCAGACCCCCCGCAAAGCCUCAGCCACGCCAACCCCGCGAUCCCGCCGCUCCCGUGGCGGCUCCUCAGGGGGCGACCGGUCGUCCCUGCCACGCUCGGCAGGCAGCAUGCGGCGGCAGAUGCUGGACUACUGGGGGAACGUGCUGGAGACCGUGGGCCACAUGGUGGCUGCCCUGGAGGAUAACCACGUGCCGGUGUUUCUGAUUCAGCAUGUUCUCAGGCAGCUGCUGUCUUAUGUUGACCUUCGGGUGUUCAACAGCCUCAUGGUGCGCAGCCAGUGGUGCCCGUGCAACUUCAGCAACGGGGAGACGAUAGAGGAGGGCAUGGGAAAGCUGGACCGAUGGCUCACAGACCUCGAGAUGAGCCACGCCAAGCGCGCUCAGGGGGAGCUGCCAGGUCUCAAGGACAGCCUGUGCCAUGUCCGGCAGGCCGCACUGCUGCUGACGAUGAAGAACAAGCACACAGCAACAGUAGACGGCGUGAGGAAGCUGUGCCCGGACCUGAACGGCAAGCAGCUGGGCAAGAUCUGCCUCUGGUACCAGGACGAGAAGUACGGCACCCUGGGCUUCGACCCCGAUGUGAACUACGAACUCAGUGAUUUGGCGGACGAUGACGAUGCUGAGAUGCUCAAGGACGAUGAGAGCGACCUGGCGGAUGAUGACAGUGCUGAGAUGCUCAAGGACGAUGAGAGGGAGUGGGAGAGGGGAGCCGUGCAGCCGGGCAAAUUCCGCCAACAAUCCAGGCCACAUGCUCAUUCCCACUCACCCCACCCACCACCGCUCGCCCCUCCUCCCCCGAGUGUGCCCUUUGCUAUCACGGACCUAGUAGCAUCUAUGGGAGAGAUUAGAGAUUACCCAGUCAACAUGCUCGUUCUCACUACCACGAACUCUCCCUCUCUGCACCCCAGUGUGCCCUUCGCCAUCACGGACCUGGUAGCAUCCAUGGGCGAGAUCAACCUGGACGAGGUGCCUCUGCCUCCGGAGCUACGUCGCGACCCGCACUUUCGCUUCCUGCAGCCCACUCCUGCCAACGAGCCCCAGCAGCCGCCCAAAGUCCCCGCCACUAAGAGCGCCACGCUCCCCACGCCCACCAGAAGCUUCUGGGGCUGA